AUGUCAGACGAAAUGGCGGUGGGUGAUAAUUCGACAAGCGAUGAGAGUAAAGUAAACAGCAAUGAUACUGCGGAGGAGAAUGUUAAAGGUGCUGGUGAAAUCAGUCCGAAGCCAUCGAGUGAACCGCCUGAAACAGAGGAAGCACAGGUUCCUGUGGAUGAUGCACCAGAAACGGAAACAAUAGGUGAACAAAAGUCAGAUACUGAAAAAAAAGAAGCUGAAGACAUACCCUCACAAGAAAUCACAGAAGAAAAUUCUGAUGAAGAGAAGAGGGGUAUCAAACGUCGAGCAUCUAUUGCGUUUAGCGAUACUGGAGAUGAGGAGUUUAAGGGAUUUGAUAAAAUAAAUGACGAGAAUUUUUGUGGAGUAUACUACCGUGUAUUAGAACGCUUGGAGGAGGAAGUACAAACAGCUGUUAAAGAUCUUAAGCCUGUCAGGAGUUUUCGGGCUUCUCUAACAGCUUCAGUGCAGGCAAGCAAAAGGCCACGACAGGACACAGAUGGAUCCAGACCAUCAUCAGCUUUAUCAUCACGGUCAGAUGGUGAUAGCACAGAGUGCUCCCAUUCUUCAACUGUCACUGCUGGAAAUGUUGCACGGAUGGGCGCGGCGCCGGGAAUUCGCGGGCGGCGCUCGACGACGGAGAUGUCGUCGCCGCUGCUGCGAGCGCCGCUGGAGCGCGGCUGGCGGCGCGAGCUCGUGUACCGCGCCGCGCUCGACGCGCACUCGCGCCGCAACGCCGACAUCUACUACUAUACGCCGCAGGGCAAGAAGCUGCGCUCCACCAGGGAGGUACGUAGUGCCGCACCGCGCCGCAACGCCGACAUCUACUACUACACGCCGCAGAGCAAGAAGCUGCGCUCCACCAGGGAGGUACGUAGUGUCGUACCGCGCCGCAACGCCGACAUCUACUACUACACGCCGCAGAGCAAGAAGCUGCGCUCCACCAGGGAGGUACGUAGUGCCGCACCGCGCCGCAACGCUGACAUCUACUACUACACGCCGCAGGGCAAGAAGCUGCGCUCCACCAGGGAGGUACGUAGUGCCGCACCGCGCCGCAACGCUGACAUCUACUACUACACGCCGCAGGGCAAGAAGCUGCGCUCCACCAGGGAGGUACGUAGUGCCGCACCGCGCCGCAACGCCGACAUCUACUACUACACGCCGCAGAGCAAGAAGCUGCGCUCCACCAGGGAGGUACGUAGUGCCGCACCGCGCCGCAACGCUGACAUCUACUACUACACGCCGCAGAGCAAGAAGCUGCGCUCCACCAGGGAGGUACGUAGUGCCGCACCGCGCCGCAACGCUGACAUCUACUACUACACGCCGCAGGGCAAGAAGCUGCGCUCCACCAGGGAGGUACGUAGUGCCGCACCGCGCCGCAACGCCGACAUCUACUACUACACGCCGCAGGGCAAGAAGCUGCGCUCCACCAGGGAGGUACGUAGUGACGCACCGCGCCGCAACGCCGACAUCUACUACUACACGCCGCAGGGCAAGAAGCUGCGCUCCACCAGGGAGGUACGUAGUGCCGCACCGCGCCGCAACGCUGACAUCUACUACUACACGCCGCAGGGCAAGAAGCUGCGCUCCACCAGGGAGGUACGUAGUGCCGUACCGCGCCGCAACGCCGACAUCUACUACUACACGCCGCAGAGCAAGAAGCUGCGCUCCACCAGGGAGGUACGUAGUGCCGCACCGCGCCGCAACGCUGACAUCUACUACUACACGCCGCAGGGCAAGAAGCUGCGCUCCACCAGGGAGGUACGUAGUGCCGCACCGCGCCGCAACGCCGACAUCUACUACUACACGCCGCAGGGCAAGAAGCUGCGCUCCACCAGGGAGGUACGUAGUGACGCACCGCGCCGCAACGCCGACAUCUACUACUACACGCCGCAGGGCAAGAAGCUGCGCUCCACCAGGGAGGUACGUAGUGCCGCACCGCGCCGCAACGCCGACAUCUACUACUACACGCCGCAGAGCAAGAAGCUGCGCUCCACCAGGGAGGUACGUAGUGCCGCACCGCGCCGCAACGCCGACAUCUACUACUACACGCCGCAGAGCAAGAAGCUGCGCUCCACCAGGGAGGUUGCCGAGAAUUUAGCAGGAACUGGUCUAACUUUAGAAAACUUUUCCUUCUUCAAAGAACCACUUGGUGUGGAUGAUCCUGAGAAGGAAAUUAUACGAGAUGCUAAAUUAAUGCGUCGCGUGGAGUCUCCAGUCCCAGUUCCUGCGGCGCCCACGAUAGAAGGCAAGCGGACGCCGAAGCCCAAACCUCCCAAAGGUGCCAGCCCGGAGCCAGCUACACCAAAGUCACCACCUGCUAAAAUCAAGGUGAAGUCUGUAGGCUCACGUUUAAGUAACAAUGGGACCCCUCCAGCUGCCAGUGUGCCCAAACAGCCGCGGCGCCCGCAGUCCACAGCUGCGACAGCUGCCAGCCCCGCCCCCGCUUCCUCUCCUGCCCCCGCUACCGCUAACGCUGUGGACAACAACAACACUGCUGCCUGGAAGAAACCUAGGGCGGCGGCGCUGGCGCUCCCGCAGCCGCCACCGCUGCCGCCGCCGCAACAGCUCCCGCUCCCGCUCCCGCCGCCGCUCACGCUGCCGCCGCCGCCGCCGCCGCCGCUUCAGAGCCGCCCGCUCCAGGUGCCCGCCGAUACUGCUGUACAGAACCCGCAGCAGGUGGUGCAGCCGUGCUCGAUGUCGUGUGGGCGCGGAGCCGUGCCGUCGCUGGCGUGCGUUGCUUGCCUGUGCCUGUACCACCCCGCCUGCGCCGGCCUGCCGCCCGCACUGCUGCAGCACCAACACUUCCUGUGCAAGAACUGCCGCAAAACAUCAUCACCACCAUUAGAACCACCUCCCCUGACGCACAAGUCUGGGGCCACAGCCAGUGCAGCGAGCGGAGCGGGGGCGGGAAGCGGGGCGGUUGCAGCGAGGCGACCCGCCCCGGUGUCCGUCCCACCAACCGUCUCAGCUAAAGUGCGACCUGACAAACGAGUCAUGUUGCGGAUGAAGGUGGCAGGCGGUGGCGCGGACGGGUCUCGUGUUUGGGCAGUAGCAGCGCCCACAGCUGGCAGUGGAGCGGGCGGGGCCACGAGCGGAGCGUUAGGGGCCACGAGCGGAGCGGUAGGGGCCACUAGCGGAGCGACAGGGGCCACAAGCGGAGGGGGCGGCGGGGCCACAAGCGGAGCGGGCUGUGGACCUCCAUCAGGCGUCAGGCCAACGUUACCACAAUCUCUCGCAGUACUCAACGGCAGGCGCUUCAUCGUCGUACCUCGCUCGCUUGUGAACUCCGAUCAACAUUAA